UUUCUUUUCCCUCUGUCGACAAUCAAGCUCGACUCUCGGUCAUUAGCUGUUCUGAUAAAUUACUCGUGCUAGGUGGCGGCUGAGCUUCCUCCGACAAUGGGGAAAACCAGGGAGAAGAAGCAGAAGAUAAUUCUUCCGCCUGAGCUUCCUCCGGAGCUGUUGGAAGAUGAGAUUGAGGUGUCGGACGAGGAUUUGCAGUUCCUCGAGGAGAACACCGACUACGCCGGAUUCGUCUCUCGUUUGGACACCGAAUCAAUUACCAAGCAUGUAACACGUGUGGCUGAUGUUAAAGAAGAUACAUUAGAGGCUUUAUAUGAGAAACGAUUACAGAAGAAGGCACAGCAGAAAGAGAAAGGGAAAAAUGAGAUCCAAGUCGAUCCUGUUGAUGCGCUUCCUGUCAAGAGUUUAGACGGAAAACUCUACUACCGGACAUUGUCAAAGACAUCGAAGGCGUCUGAAGAUGGCGAUGGUAAAGACAAAGACAAUGCAGAAAAAGAUGGUGAUGAAGACGUAAGUUUAAUCAAACUGAACAAAGCUGAAAGGAGGGCAAAGCUGAAAAAGAGCAAGAAGGAGGCAAAGAAACAUGGGAAAGAUUUAGCUGAAGAAGCCGAAGCCGUGGAAGAAACUCCCCAGGCAGCUGUUCUGGCAGAAGUUAAAGAAGAUCUAACCGCCGAGGAGGUUCUCGAAAAUAAAAGAAUCAAACUUGCGGAGAUAGGAAUGGCACUUCUCUCAGAUCCUGAGACCAAUAUAAAAUCUCUGAAGGAAAUGCUAGAGACCUCGAAAGAUGAAAAUAGUAAAAUAGUCAAACUUGGCUUGUUGUCGCUGUUGGCUGUAUUUAAAGAUAUUAUUCCUGGCUACCGGAUUAGACUUCCUACUGAAAAGGAGCUAGAGAUGAAAGUCUCAAAGGAAGUGAAGAAAAUGCGAUUCUAUGAAUCAACUCUUUUGAAAGCAUACAAGGCCUACCUACAGAAGCUGAUAGCAUUAGAAAAGCAAUCUGUAUAUAACCAGGUUGUCAUGCGCUGCAUUUGUACUUUGCUGGACGCAGUUCCUCACUUCAACUUUCGGGACAAUCUCUUAGUUGCUGUUGUCAGAAACAUUAGCUCCCCGGAUGAAGUUGUAAGGAGACUUUGUUGUUCUACCAUUAAGUCCCUCUUCUCCAAUGAAGGGAAGCAUGGUGGUGAGGUGACUGUACGAGCCGUGCGCUUGAUUGCUGAUCAUGUUAAAGCUAACGAUUGCCAACUUCACCCUGAUUCUAUCGAGGUGCUUUUGUCCUUGCAAUUUGAUGAAGAUCUAAGGAAGUCUGAUGCAAAAGAGGAGGAAGAUAGGACAAAAAAUAGGAAAAACAAAAAAAGAAAGAAUCAUGAAGAGCCGAAUCAAGUGCAGGAAAAUGAGAGAAAGAAAGCCAAGCGAGAAAUGAUGUCCAAGAUGAGACAGGAGGUCGCUGCUGAUUACAAGGCGGCUACCGUUGCCCUGGACCCUAUGGAGCGGAGAAAAAUGCAAACAGAGACACUUGCUGCUGUUUUCGAGACUUAUUUUCGUAUUCUGAGACAUACGAUGCAGUCAACUGUUGGAAGCGAAGAAGCAAAUGCAACUUUGACUUCUGGGUCCUUUGGUCCACACCCUUUGCUUGCUCCAUGCUUGGACGGAUUGGGAAAAUUCUCGCACCUACUGGACUUGGACUACAUGGGAGAUCUUAUGACUUACCUCAAGAGGAUUGCAUCUGCCAGUAACAGCGUCCUCGGAAACUCGAAGCAGAAAGAAUCGAGAUCAUUGAGCGUGUCUGAACGCUUAAGGUGUUGUGUUGUCGCUUUUAAAGUGAUGAGGAAUAAUCUCAACGCCUUGAAUGUCGACUUGCAAGACUUCUUCAUCCAGCUUUACAACAUCAUUCUCGAGUACAGGCCUGGGAGAGAUCAAGGUGAAGUGUUAGCAGAAGCUCUGAAGAUAAUGUUGUGCGACGAAAGGCACCAGGACAUGGCGAAGGCAGCUGCUUUUGUAAAACGUCUGGCCACAUUCUCGCUGUGCUUUGGCUGUGCCGAGUCCAUGUCAGCUCUGGUCACCGUGAAACUGCUUCUCCUAAAGAACGUCAAAUGCAGAAACCUGUUGGAAAACGAUGCUGGAGGUGGCUCUGUUUCCGGUUCUAUCUCUAAAUACCAACCCUAUGCGACGGAUCCGAACUUAAGCGGGGCCCUUGCGACGGUGCUGUGGGAGCUCAAUCUCUUGACAAAGUAUUAUCAUCCGACGGUUUCGACAAUGGCCACCACAAUCUCGACGAUGAACAACAACGCUUCCCAGAACCAAGUGUUCCUGUCCUUGAUGUCCCCGCAACAGGCGUUUGCUGAAUUCUCACUGGAGAACGAGGCUAAGAGCGAACCGUCACCACCGAGGAGAUUGAACAGCAAAAGGAGAAGAGAGAGUUACGCUGUCGAGUCUGAGAAUGUUGUUGCAGAAAUCGACAUGGACGAACUAAGCAACAAACUGAAGGAGCAUUUCGCCGUUGUCAGGGGAAUAAAGGAGAAGGAGAGGCUUAGAAGAGAGUUGCAAAGAACAGAAUCUUCACUCCUCCUUUAUCAAGAGUACAAGAAACAGAACAAGAACAAGAAGAAACCCAUCAAACCCAAAAAGAAAAUCUGAAUUCUCUUCCUUUUUUUUUGCUGCAAUGUACUUUAUAUUCAAAUUUUAUUUAAAAACACAACAGAUGUAAAAUUUUCAGACACUGUCAGGUCUGAAAUUUCUCAUGUAGUGAUAGAUUUACUUGCAGGCAGUGAAUUCGCUGUUAGCGAUGUCAAUUUUGAAAAUCGAAUGUUAAGAGUUUUGUAGGUUGGGACCCAUUUUUAAAUGGUUUUGAUUUUGUUGGAUUUAUUUAA